AUGGCGGGCUCGAGGAGUUUGGUCCUGCGGCCCUGGAUUCGAGAGCUGGUCCUGGGGUCUGAGACAUUCUCUGGUCCGCGGGCGGGUCAACUGCUCGAGGUACUGCAAGAGGCCCAGGCCCCCAGUCCUCCUCUCACCCCUGGCGUGUCUUUUGUCGGGGCUGCGCUGCUUGUGUCCGACGGAACCCAUAGCAUCCGAUGCCGUUUGACAGGAAAUGCCCUGAACACCUCCGACUGGGAGAAGGAAUUUGGUUUCCGCGGGACUGAGGGCCGGCUGCUGCUGCUGCAAGACUGUGGGGUCCGUGUCCAGGUGGCCGAGGACGGCGCGCCCACCGAGUUCUACCUACAGGUGGAUCGCUUCAGUCUGCUACCCAUGGAGCAGCCCCGCGUGCGGGUGGCUGGAUGCAACCAGGACCCGGAUGUAAAGAAAAAGCUCUCUGACUGCCUUGAGGAGUACCUGUCAGAGCCCACCUCUCCUAGCCCAGGCCUGACACUGUCCCAGCUUCUGAGUGAGGUGCCGGAAGACCAGGAGCAUCGGGAGGCGCUAGUGCACCUGGCUGAGAGCUGUCUGCUGAUGGCUGGCCCUCUUACAGCACCUCCCAUCACCCGCUGGGCUGCCUCAAGACGCAAGAACAUGGGAGACACUGUGUACACUGUACCCAGCCUGUGGCUGCAUAUUUCUGAGAAUGACCAGCAGAUCUUGAGCUCUCUGGGCCCAGGUCAGAGAACACAGGGCCGUGAGCUGCCCCCACCAGAUUCAGCUCUUCAGGAUCUGUCUCUGACCCUGACUUCCUCUCCUUCCUCAGGUUAGGAGUGAACUCCCUUCUUCUCAGGCACUCCUCCGGAGCUCCCUGGUCACACGCAGUCAGAGGAAAGCAGUGCCAGUAUCAACCUUCUGCCUGCCCUGUCCUUGGUGACUGCAGACCUGGUGCAGAGGGACAGCUCCCAGUCCCAACCAGUUAUUGACUCAACCCCCGGCCCCUCAUGUUCUCUACACCCCAGCAGUGCAUCCAACUCCACAUUCCUGAGCUGUACAUCUAGUCUUUUGUCCCUUGACCAUGUCCCCCAUGCAUACCAAGCCCAUGUGACCAGGGCUCAGAAACCUAGUCUGGAGUUCAAGGGACUAGGAUUGCCCCCACAGAAUCAGACACCCUCUUCAAGGACCAGCGCUACCAAGGAAGCCUUGGCUCCCAGUUCCACGUGGGAUUCCCCAAAGAGGCAUCGUGAUGGUUCUGCCUUCCAGUAUGAGUACUCGCCACCCUGCACUUCCCUCUGUGCCCAGGUCCAAGCUGCCAGGCUCCCUCCUGAGCUUGUGGCCUGGGCCUUGCACUUUCUGACCGAGCCAUCACCAGAGUCUGAACUAACACAGGUGUGA